GUACCCAGCCAGUGUGUGGACAGUCCCGUGUACCCCUCUCCUCCUGUGUACAGCCCUGGGAAGCAGGGGUUCAAGCCCAAGAGCACCAGCACUCCCACCCCUCUGGCCAGUGCAGGAGGAGGCAGCAUGGUUGGGUUUGAUUCCACCUCUGCUGCCAAAAGUCGGCGCUGCAAAAGUGAGGUUGGGCUGCAGGAAGGCAAGCCCAAGUCCCCCAAGCUGAAAUGCACUUACUGUGACAAGGCCUUUACCAAGAACUUCGACCUGCAGCAGCACAUCAGGAGCCACACAGGUGAGAAGCCCUUCCAGUGCAUCGUGUGUGGCCGAGCCUUUGCCCAGAAGUCCAACGUGAAGAAGCACAUGCAAACCCACAAAGUGUGGCCUCCGGGCCUGGGCUGCACCAUCUCCCGCAACUCCAUCACAGUGCAGGUCAUGGCCUUGAAUCCCAACCAGCCAGAGGAUGAGGAGAACACAGGUCUGACUCAGCCCUCAAGGAACCCUCCACCACCCCCCCAAGACAUGAGCCUGGAUGAGAGCGAAGGGGGCAAACUGGAGGCCAAGCAGGUUGUGUUGAUCGACAGCUCUUACCAGUGCCAGUUCUGCCCCAGCAAAUUCAACACCUAUUUCCAGCUCAAAUCACACAUGACACAGCACAAGAAUGAGCAGGUGUACAAAUGUGUGGUGAAGACCUGUGCUCAGACCUUCCAGAAGCUGGAGUCCUUCCUUGAGCACAUCAAGAGCCACCAGGAGGAGCUGAGUUACCGCUGCCACCUCUGCAGCAAGGACUUCCCCUCCCUGUACGAGCUGGGGGUGCACCAGUACUCCCACAGCCUCCUGCCCCAGCACAGCCCCAAGAAGGACGUGGCCGUGUACAAAUGUGUCAAGUGUGUAAAUAAGUACUCGACCCCGGAGGCGCUGGAGCACCAUCUGCAGACAGCGACACACAACUUCCCCUGCCCUCACUGCCAGAAGGUGUUCCCCUGCGAGAGGUACCUGCGGCGCCACAUCCCCACGCACGGCGGCGGCAGCAAGUUCAAGUGCCAGAUCUGUAAGAAGUUCUUCCGCCGGGAGCACUACCUCAAGCUGCACGCACACAUCCACUCGGGUGAAAAGCCCUUUAAGUGCUCAGUGUGUGACGCAGCUUUCAACCGGAAAGACAAACUCAAGCGACACAUGUUGAUCCAUGAGCCUUUCAAGAAAUACAAAUGUCCCUUCUCAAGCCACACGGGCUGCAAUAAGGAGUUCAACAGGCCUGACAAGCUGAAGGCUCACAUACUGUCCCAUUCGGGGAUGAAGAUCCACAAGUGCCAGUACUGCAACAAGUCCUUCAGCCGCCGAGCCCACAUGAUGGAGCAUCAGCGCUCACACACCGGCAACUACAAAUACCGCUGCCCCACGUGCAGCAAGGGCUUCACGCGCCACAAGUACAUGAAGGACCACAAGUGCCGCCUGGGCUCCCCCAAGGACAAGGACCUGCAGCUCAGGAAGCCCCAAAAGAAGCGGGUGCCCCGGGGGCGCAAGGCAGGCCUAUCCCUCCCCACCCCGCUGGGGCUGGCAGAGCUGAAGGACGGGGCUGCUGGGGAAAGCCUCCCUGAGGGUGGCCCGAACAAAGAACCCUUCCAGGAGUCAGACGCUGUCCUGUCCAUCGUGGUUGGGGGGUCAGGAGCUGCUGACUCAGACCUGGUUGUUCCUGGGCAGCCCAACAGCAUCACGUCCAAUUUGGCCCUAGCAGAACUGCAGGCUGCCUCGGACGGCCCCUGCACCAUGCUGGCUGUCCCUGUGUACAUCCAGACAACAGAGUGACAGUGCACAGAGCCACUGUGUGGCUGAGGGCUGCUGCUGGGGCUGUCACACUUGGUGCUGAAAUUUAUCCUGGUGAAAAAGACCAAAGCUCUUGUGGGGAGGUAGAUGGGCACGGGAGAGAACAGCUUUCCUCUCCACUUGUUCUUCCCAUCCUUGGGUAGAGGGCUGCUUGGAAGCCACCGAUGGCUACAAGGCACUGAAGAGAAUGGCUCCAUUAUUUCUUGUCCAUCUGCGUCAGCUUAGGGCAAGAAAGACCAAGAUCCCUGAAUCAGGGUAAGAAGGAGCAUGCAAAUGUGCACCAAACAGAGCUGCUGAAAUGGGGCGGCUUUGCAAAUCACAGCCUGUCCCAUCUGUGGUUUUUCUGGCCUAAAAGUUGUAUUGCCCAGUAUUUGGGUGGCCUUUCCGAGAGCAAACUAUUGAUCCUUCCUAAUGGAAGCAAGUUCAUCUUGAGAUCCUUUGGGAACACUGUUCAGAAAUACCCUGACAGACUUAUCUCUGGUAUCUUUCACCUCUCUGUCUCUUAUCAGUAGAAAGAUGACCUUGUCUGUACAUGUGUUAUAAACACCAUGGACCUC